AUGGUUUGUUUCUUCUUGUUUGUUCCAGCUAUGUACCCACCGGUCAUGGCACCCCAAGCCAACAUGUUUGGCAAUGUCCCAGGCUAUGAAGGCACUGUGCCAGGAGGAGGAGGUUUCCUGCCUCCUCCCAUGCCCAUGGAGCCAGUAGCCCCACCCCAACCCGCCCCUGAAAAUCCUGAAUGGAGCAUCCCCUCUCUGUCUGAGGAUGCAGCUCGUGAGGCUUUAAAGGAAUUUGUGUCGUCUCAUUGCUGCUACGGUGACGCACCAGUCACUCAGGGAGUCAUCACCUCCAUGGAGCCAUUCAACACAUUUAGGUACCGUCUGGAGACAUUCACUGAGUCCAGGUCAACUGACUGGGCCCACAAACCACAUGAAGGUGAGACUGCUGACUUUUACACCCAGCCCGCUCCACGACCAUGGGAGGUCCAGGCCACACCCCCCAAACUUUUCAGUGACCACACAGAGAAGAUCCGGGUGCCCUACACGUCCUCCGUCAAGCAAUGCCACACGUGCAAUGCAGCAGGUACUGAGCAAUGCAAGGAGUGCAGUGGAAGUGGAAAAAAAGCUUGCCUGAUGUGUAAUGGUGGAGCAAAGUCCGAUCCAGCCUGCACUCGCUGUAAUGGCACAGGCAAAGACAGGUGUACAAAGUGUAAUGGUAGUGGGAAAAAGCAAUGUGAAACCUGUAAAGGAAAACGUCAACUGCUGACCUACAUUGAGCUAAAAGUGGAAUGGAAAAACCAAGUGGAAGAUCAUCUGGUGGAGCAGAGCUGUGGUCUGAAGAGUGAUAACCUGCGCUCAGUAAAAGGGAAGGAGCUGUUCAAGAGCAGCCAGAACCUGGUCUACCCACUGCUUGGCUUUCCAAAUCCAGCAGUCUCUCAGGCCUCUGAGCGUCUGAUCAAAGAACAUCAAACUAACUAUGGCAAAACCUCCAGGAUUCUGCAGCAGAGGCAGACGGUCGAGCUGAUCCCCAUCACUCAGGUGAACUACAAGUGGAAAGACAAGAGCUACGUCUACUACGUGUACGGCAACGAGCGCAAAGUCAGUGCUGACAACUACCCAGAGACCUGCUGCUGCGUCAUCCUGUAGACUCACAAAUACACACAUAAAAUUCAGAAGCAGAAUGUGCAGCCAUCACUUUGGGUUGUGAAGCUCAAGCACACUUGGCUUAUGCAGCAGGACAAUGUCUGAAAUGUUCAGAGUCUACCUCUGAAUGGUAAAAAAAAUAAAUAAAUAAAAAAAAUAAAAAAUAGAUAAAGAACAAAAAGUGAAGGUUUUAAAGUGACCUAAGAAAAGUUUGGACUUAUAUAAGAUUGCGAUUUUUGCCGUUCAUGCUCAAAAACUCUUGAGCGUGGCUGAAUUUAAACAAUCCUACAAAUAAGAGCUGGCUAUUAUUCCUCUACAGCUAUAUGAAAGAGUCAUGGCCAGUUAUCACAAAUGUCUGACUGCAGUUUUUGCUGCCAAGGGUCGCAUAAGCUCUUAUUAAGUUUAGGUUUAGCGGCAACUGCUUUUUACCCCUUAAGCGUAGAAGGCUGAUUAUUAAGCUUUGAGUAGUGGCAUUUGAUUAAAACAUUUAUUCAAUAUAUAUUACACAUAUAGUUUCAAGCAUGUUAUUACAUAUAUUGUAAGAAUGUGCUUAUGAAAGAGUUGGCCUUCUGUCUGGGAUGAGGUUACAAGCUUUAUCUGGUGAGAUGAGAGGUGAGACAGAGUGCAGUGAGGUCGAGACAGUUCGCCUGCAUACACAGACAGUAUAUAGAUUCAUUUCUAGGUUCGAGUUAAGAUAUAUUUUGCUUGUAACUGCAUUUUGUGCCUGCAUAAGCAACAGUUUUUGUAGAAUGUGUUUCUGAUGUUCCAGAGAUAAGCAAGAAUAAGAAGAUCAAAAGGAAGCACCUGGCGUGGAGACGGAGAAAAUGUCUUGUUGAGUGUGUGUCAAAGGUUGUCAACAGAAGAGCUGUGGUUACUGCAACUUAUGCAUGUUAUGUAUCUGCUUUGGCGCAUGAAGGGGCGUUAUACCCUGACAUAUAAAAACAUUUUAAGUAUGCUGUUUUGGGGGAUUUAUGCUGAGGAUUGUGAUGGUGUAUUUCCUUCACACAAGUGUUUAAUAAAAUCAUUGUUUUGACACA